AUGGCUAGAAGUACAGAAAUGGGAACUCAGCGUAGAGAAGCUUUUGUGAAAGCUUUUAAGGCAUUCCCUGAUAUUACAUUUAUCUGGAAAUACGAGGACACCACGGACCACUUUACCGAUGCCAACAAUAUUAUCCUGUAUGAUUGGUUACCUCAAGUGGAUAUGUUGAAUGAUAAACGUACGCUCGCUUUCAUAACUCACGGCGGAAUGGGGGGCGUGUUCGAAAGUGCAUACGCUAGUGUGCCGGUCAUAACCAUACCUUUGUUCGCCGACCAAUUACGGAAUGCUCGGAUGAUGGAGUAUCGUAAAAUGGGAAUCGUAAUCGAUAAAGAUGAUGUCACAGAAGAACGGCUGAUCACAGCUAUAAAGGAGAUCUUGGAACCAAGAUACAAAAAAGCAGCAAAACUUCUCAGUGAACAGUUACGGAACAAACCGUUAUCUUCAGAAGAAGUUCUAGUACGUUAUGUUGACUAUGCGAUUCGCUACAAUAAGUUGUUUCAAGCUUCCAUCUCUUUUGCAACACUUAGACUCAGCGGGUUCCUACAGUAUGACGCUUGGACGACUCAGUCGAACCUGCGUCGUCCAAACGUCAAACUGUGA